UUUGAUGUAUAUGCAACUAAGAGCACACUUACAAUAUAAAAAAAAUUAAGGGUUAGAAUCACUGAAAAAUAACAAACGUUUGCUAAACAAGUUUUAUAAAACUAACUACAAAGUUGUUUUGCCCACAAAUAACAAAUAGAAUGGAUGAAAAUAAUCCCAUUCCUGCAUUUAAAAAACCAGUGUUAAUUGGUAAAGUCGGAAAGCUUCCAAAACAAGUACAAGUUCAAAAAUCUGAACAAACUGUGAACAUAAAUAAACCAGAUGAAACUACUGAACUUACAAAUGUUUCAAUUAAUGAAAAUACUGUAGAGAAAUUUGAACGUCCUCCGGAACCUCCGGCUCAAGAGCCAAGCCAAAAAAGGAGUCAACUGAAUUACACUGAACCUGAAUGGUCAGGAACACCCAGUGAAGAUUCACAUUAUGGACUGGAAAUAUUAAAACAAGGUUCUAUCAUAGGAAGCCACAGUUUACAAGAUAAAAGUUACUGGAUUUUUGGUAGAUUACCUCAAUGUGAUCUAUCCAUGGCCCAUCCAACUAUAUCAAGAUAUCAUGCAAUACUUCAGUACAGAAAAGAAGACUCAGAAAAGGAGAAGAAGGGCUAUUAUUUAUAUGAUUUGGGUAGUACACAUGGAACAUUUUUAAAUAAACUCCGGUUGAAACCAAAGAAAUAUGUCAGAGUUCAGGUGGGUCACAUGAUUAAGUUGGGUUGCAGUUCACGUUCCUAUAUACUAGUUGGUCCAGAUGAGGACCAAGAAGAGGAAUCUGAGUUGACAAUCACAGAGAUGAAACAAAAACGUCAGGAGGAACUUGCAAGACGAGAGGCGCUCGUGAAGGAAGCAGAGAUUAAAGCGGAAGAGGAACGCAUCGCCAGAGAGAAGCGUGAAGAAGAGCGAGGUGUUGAUUGGGGAAUGGGGGAAGAUGCAGAUGUUGAAACUGAUUUAACUGAAAAUCCCUAUGCACAAACGAACAAUGAAGAUUUAUACAUCGAUGAUCCGAAGAAAGCCUUGCGAGGUUUUAUGGAGCGAGAAGGUGCCGAAUUUGAGUACGAUUGCACAGAGCAGGGAAUUGGACAAUUUCUAUGCAAAGUAGUCCUGCCAAUUGAUGAUGAGCGGGGGCGGCCCAUUGUCGCCGAGGUUCUACACAAGGGCAAGAAGAAGGAAGCAGUUGCACAGUGUGCUCUCGAGGCUUGUCGAAUUUUAGAUCGUCAUGGCGUCCUACGUCAAGCUACACAUGAAAGUAAAAAACGCAAAGCGAAGAAUUGGCAAGACAACGAUUUCUACGACAGCGACGAUGACACCUUUCUGGAUCGCACUGGAACAAUUGAACGCAAACGAGAGAAUCGUAUGAAACAGAAACAACCCCAACAGGCUGAAACCUAUCAAAGUUUGUUGGAUAAAGAAAAGUCUAUGUCCGAGCGAAUAAACAGCAUCCAACGUGAAUUAACAGCUUCCCAAUCAGCAACGCAAAGCGUCACAGAGGAGGUAGAUUCACUGGAGUCGUUCAUGGCCGAGUUGAAACAACCGAAACUAGAUAAGGAAAAGAUGAUGCAAUUGAAAACUGAACUAGUGCGGUUAAAACAAGAUCACGCGCAAGUUAUCAAGCUGGUUAAUAUUGCUCGACCCGCCGACCUGCCACCUUUGACUACGCAAUACGACUCACAGGCGACAAAAACACAAAAUAAGUCAAAGUUUCCUAUGUUUGGUAAACGCUUAAAAGUAAAGGUGGCAAUACCUAAGGAGAAAGCAGUAGAAAAACCAGUUGAUGAUAAUGAUGAACAGGAUGACAAUUAUGAUGUGAAAAACCCGAUUGAAGAGAAAAUGGAGGUUGUUGAAAGUCUAGUUGAGGCGGAAAGUACAAAUAAGAAAGCAUUUAUUAUUGAAAAUGAAAAUACAAAAUUAAGUGAAGAGAAAAGAGAGACAAUAGUUAUGAAAUUUAAUAAUUCAACUAGCAAAUUAACGAAAAAUACAGUAUCUGAGACAAAAGACAAAGAUGUUGAUGUUUCAAAUAGCAUACAAAGCAAAACAGAGGAUUCAGAGAGUAAACGAAAAAAGAAUCAACGACGAAUCGCACAACGCGAAGAAAAACUCGAGAAGGAAAAACAGCGAGGUUACGCCGAAGACUUGCGAAAAGAGGAUUACAACAUGUGGGUACCGCCAGAAGACCAAACCGGAGACGGAAAAACUUCUCUUAACGAUAAAUACGGUUAUUGAUGGAUUUAUUUUCUAUUGUAAGAAUGUAAGUCUGUGAUUUUUAUUAUGUGAAUAUAUUCAAUCUUAUUCAAUUUUAUUCAUAUAAA